UACCAAGUACUUGAGAACAUUGAACUGCGUAUGAAUGAAUUCUGUACGUUGUACUGACAGAUUGGCCAACUUCAGUCAACAAUGUUGCAUUGAUUAAUUAAUAGUGGACCGAACGGAUAUUUUCUUUAUCGAUGCCUCAUCGAAGUGAAUUACGCAGUUUUUUCUUAGUGAAUUAAUUUAAAAAAAGGAUAAUUUUGUUUUCAAAAUUUGAUGGCAUCGUUUGGUGUUUAACUGUGAUUGUAUGCGAUAUUUUGGUAAACGACUCAGUGAUUUGAUGUGUGUGUGUGUGAGUGUAUGUGUGUGAUUGGACGGAACGACUUCAAUUGUAAACGUCAAACCGUUUUGUCUACACACGCAUGACAUUUCGUCUGUAUUUUCGUAUAUGUAUACGGUAUAUGCACACACACUGCUGCUACUGCUGCUGCUGCUGCUGCUGCUGCUGUGUUCAUACGUAUUGUGUACUGCCUUUUAACAAUGCAAUACAAAUCAUUGAAAUGAUUUGUACAGCUUAAAAUUCAAUGGCCGCCAUUUGUAGAAUCGCCAUUAAAGGUGUUUAGUGUGUUUGUUUUAGAUAAUUUUUUUUUUGUAACACAAAUGAAAGAAGAAAAAAAAAAUCAUCGUUCAAUUGGCACAACACAUUGGUUACGGUUGCCAAAAUGAGUGAAUACGUGUAGAAAAUUAUUUAAGCCAACAAAAAAAAGGAGCACAGCCAAUUUCAUUUCAGCUCACCAAACAAAACAAAAAUAAAAAUAAAAAAAAUAUAAAAUAAAAAUAAAAAUAAAACGACAAAAAAAGGAGAUAAUAUCCCCCCACAAUUAUGUAUCAUUAUAAAUAAUUCCAGUCCUGCUAGUGUACAAUAAUUUCGAGCGACACAAAUAAAAAAAAAUCAAGGGAAAAAUACUUGACAUAUAUACACGGUGUCUCUCUCUCCAUAUAUGUGCAUAUACAAAGUGAAUGAGAGAGCCAAACAACCGAGGAAAAAGAAAACACACAGCGUGCAAACUGUGGGAAUUGACAUCAAUUCAUCGGAAUUAAACAGGAUUUUUCCAAUUUUAACAUCCGAUCGAAGAUGAAUAAUCCUCCAGUGAUAUCAAACAGUGGCAGCUUGGAAGAUUGUCAUACGAACUUCUUUGCAUUGACUGACUUAUGCGGCAUUCGGUGGCGGAAAUUUGUGUUCGUCGACCCCAUAAAUGAACCGCUCAAAGAUCCCAUUCUGCGUUCGUAUGCACGAUGCUUACGCGAAGAUAUUUUAUGCGUUUGGCGACGCAUCUCAUCCAAAAAAGUCGACACAUUCAAUCCAAAUAAUUUAUAUGAUGCACGCGCACAAAAUUCCGUGACAUUUCCACCGUUGUCACUGAAAACAUCCAAAGAGCUGUGGAUAUUUUGGUACAAGGAGGAGCCCGACCUCAAUGAAUUGCUUGUACCUGAGCUAAUGAAACCAACUGUUGAGAUAGCCGAAGGCUCCUAUGAAAGUGGAAUUAGUUACGAGACUCGAUCUCUAUUAUUCAAAGCGCUACACAAUUUAAUCGAACGAUGUCUGUUGUCGAGGGGUGUGAUGCGUUUAGGCAAAUGGUUUGUGCAGCCAUGCACGAGGCAAAAUUGUUCCAUCGAAAAUGGCUAUCAUCAUAUGUCAUUUUCGUUUGGAUUCUUUGUGCAUGGCGAGAGUACGGUUUGUACAUCGAUUGAUUUACGUAAUCAUCCGAAUGUUCGGCGUCUGACAUUGGACCAUGUCAAAGAGGCGGCAUUGAAUAGUGAUUUCAAUCAGCAUCCGGUGAUAUUGGCGCCAUACGGUUUGGCCGGCACACUCACCGGCAAAUACUACAAACCAUCGGAUCCAAUUACAAAGAAAACCUUAAAAGAAUGGUCAAUUUUUUAUCCAUUGCUCCGCAAGACUGAAUACCAUUAUCCACCCGUAGUUGAAGUAAUCGCCGGCGGUGUUAAAAUGUGUUAUCCAGCCAAAUAUGUGCUGGUGACGGACAUCGACGAUGAAGACUUUUCGCAUAGUUCGAUACCGAAAAUGUGCCAACAGGAUGACAUGAACGAAAUCGAAAAUGAGAGUCAAAUUCAAACGCCAUUCGGUGUUGAGAACAUAAUCGGUGAACGCGUUUGGCAGGAAUGCGUAAUUAGUUCACAAAUUCUAACAACACAUCAGCAGGAAAGUGAAAAUAGCACGGAUAACACCACCAACGAAAAAGAAGCGUACUUUGAACAUCCGACAAGUAAAGCCGUUUGUAAUUGCACGAUACGAAAAAACCCCGACAAACCAACGAAUUGUGGCCUGAGCCAAAGCAAUCAGCUAAUGGCCGAUAUAUCAUCGGCUAUUACAUCCAUGGGCACACCAUCCAGCCCGGAAUUAUCACCGUAUUUUCCGUAUCCACCAUCGGUUUCGCCACCCGAAUACGAAUCGCAAGCACUUCCGAUACCAUCACCAAAUCAACUGUCGUCACAGUAUGAGCUGCAAAACUUUUUAAAUUCGUCCAGUGACUACGAUGAUACACAUUCACCGUUUGUGUUAACCGAUCAGCCACAGAAUAACACAUUGACGCCAAAUCCAUCGCCCGAUAGUAUAAUCGAUAAAGUAAAUCCCGGCGAACAAAUAUCACCGGGUGAUUGUGUCAAGGAGAGUGGUAAAUCGAUAAGCGACGAUGAAAUUAAAGAAAAGCUCCUCCAAAUGAAGACUGAUCCCGACAAAAGUUUAGGCUUACCAACAUCCGAUACAGCGGCAAUUGACAAUGCAAACAUCACAAAUGCGUUAGACAUUAGCAUCAAAACGGAGCAUCUAUCGGCCGAUAUGGAUUUGCUGGAGGGUAAUCCAUUGAAUGAUAGCAAUUUUUUGAAUAGCGCAUUGGAGAAUAUAUUUGGUGAAGGUGAGAGUGAACUGAACGAGAACGAAACAAAAAUGUCAUUUGAAUCGAAUGAUCACCAUAAAAAAUCGGAACAUGAUCGUAAAGAGGAGAAAAAUCUCAACGAAAGCAGCGACAGUGAUAGUGAUGACACCGAUGAUGAUUCCGAUGAUUCGGAUGAUUCAGACGAUGACGAAAGCACUGAAAAUUCGGAAAACGAAGAAGAAGAGGAUGAUGCGUCGGACGUUGAGCAAAAGAAGCAUUCGCCAAAUAAAAAUACCGAUGGAAAGAGUAAAAAGUCGAAUUUGAACGAGGAUGAUAAUAAUGGCAACGGAUCAAAAUGCACCGUUCCGAAUUUGGAAAAGAUUCUGUCGGCUGAUGCAGAGAUUCUGACUGGUCCAACCAAGUUAGGUGGUGAGAAUAAGAAAGGCGGUGAUGGUACACAUCAGAGCCCAAAAACUAGUGAUAAAUUAGGCGGAUGCAUCGGUGAAGGUAUCGAUGGUGGACGAUCAUCGUUUGGCAUGCAACGCACUGACGACCCCAAUCGAACUGAUAAUAUGCCAAAUGAUAGUAGUAUGUUGGGCUCCGAUUUAGCCAAUGACAACCAUAGCAAUAUUAGUGAUUCGGAUGUUGGCGAUUUUGCCGAUGACGUGGACGAUUCAUCGAAUGAUAGCGCAAAAAGCAGUAAUUCCCAUGAUUUUGUAGCACGUUUAACAAAUAAAUCAAAUGAUGUUCCUAGAAAAUCGGAUGCGGCCAAUAUUGAUGGCAACACCAAAUCCGAUAUGAAAAAUAGCAACAACGACCAAUUGCCGUAUUCAAUGACAAACUUUUUAGACGAUCUAAACACUAGUGAUACAAGCGAUUCGAAUAGUAGUGAAAAAGAUUUGAAAUGUUCAAAUACAUUUAGCCUAAUGCGUGGGGAAUGUGGUGGUAGUGGUGGUGGUUCAAAGGGUUUGGAUGGAUCAAGUGCGGCUGGCCAACGUGAUGGCCACGAUGGUCAAUUGAAAACGUCACCGAGCGGUUCAGACACAAAGCUCAAGAGUGUUUCGUCGUGCAUUGGCCUGAGCCUGGACAGUGCGAUCGGUUCGAAGAGUGUUGAAGAUGAUAAUGCAAUGUCAGAUUUGCACACGGAUAAUAUUUCCGAUGAUGAGUAUGACAUCAAACCGGAUAGUAUUACCGCUCGCAAAGCCGAAAACAUUUCAAUACGGAAUAAUGAAAACUUUGAUAGCAUUGCCAAUUACAUAAGUCCAGCACCAAUUAGCCUAAACACACUCAUCUCAGCCGAUUACUCGAAUCUGAGCGACAACAAUGACACGAACAGCAACGAUAAUCGCGACAGCACUGACAAUAAACGAAACGAAAGUUCGCCAAGCAUUGGCAAACCCGAACCACUGGACAAUUCACGAAUCACCGACAAAGAUAUUAUGGAGCCGGGUGAAUUGCUUGGCAAAACACUACUCGAAUCACAAGAUUCGAAUUUGACCUGUGAAUCGGUGAUCGGUGACAAAACAGGCAAAAGUCCAUUUUCUACGGAUAACCACAACAAAGACAAAUCGGAUGGCUCUGGCAAUGUAGAUGGCGGUGGCACUGAUGCCGGCAAGAAAAGUGAUAGCUUUGGCGCCGACGAAUCGGCAAACACAAAGAUCGAAUUUGGUUCCUUGAAUGUAAUCAGUAAAAAUGAUGGUGGUGAUGGGUCGGAUGGUACGAAAAACAAUGGUGGCAACCAGGAAAAGGGUGAAACAGCGCAAAAGACCGACGACGAAAUGGUAUUUUCACUGAAUUUUUUAGACGAUCACAGCAUGCAGGAUUCAAAUCAAAGUGGCAUUUUAGAUAUUUUAAUUAGCGAUCCAACCAAAGGUAAAGAUGACACCGUUUUGGGUCAGAUGUUGCCGACAACAUCGACCAGUAUAUCUGGUAUAGAUUUGGAUUCAGAAAGUUUGUCGCAAAUAAUGGAUUCAAUCAAAUCGCCGAGUCCGUCGGGAAGUGAGCUAAAGCGUGGCAAUAGUCCGGCCAGCAGUGCGAAUACGGAAAACACACGGAAUGAUGAUCGUUUCAACAAAACCGGUACACCAUACAUCAGUCCGGUAAGGGAGCAUUUGAGUGUAGCGCAUUGCAUUGACGGUAGCACAGCGUCAGCAAGUGAAAAGCAUUCGUUAGGCUUGGAAGAUUCCAAAUCCAUUGAUACUGGCGUCGCAUUCAAAGACAGUUUGAGUACGAUUGAUUUGAUAAAGAGUCGACCGUCUGACUUGACGCGUGAGAUUGAAAUCAAAAUCGAAAAUCCCACCGAAUUCUUGCCGGAACAGAUUACACAAAGCUCCGGUCACGAUGACAUUGACGUGAUACCGGCCACACUGGGUGUUGAAAAGAAAUACAGUACAUCAAAAACGGGCAGUGACAGCGCAAAGAAAUCCAAGAGUUCAGACGGUGGUGAUGCGAGUGCAAAUAAAUCGGCAUCCAGUAGUAGCAGCCGAUCGUCGAAAAGCAACAAAAAAUCGAAGCACGCAAAAGUUGAAUCGUCGAAAAAGUCCAGCAAAUCAAGUAGCAAAACCGAUAAAAGUAAAUCAAACGAUACGGACAAUAUGAAGAAUAAUGAAAAUGCGAGUGUAUCAACCAAUCCAUCUUCAUCUAGCAAAAAGGCAAGAGAUUGUUCAAACCGAAAACGGAUAUUGAAACCAACGAAACGUCCACAUCGAACAUUUUACAGCAACAGCAUGCAGUUGGUUAAACGAAAAAUGCUGAAUUUGGAAACGCUUGCGUCGCUGAUGAAACGGCCCAGCUUGAGUGUUCGCAACCAUGACAUAAUCGCCGAAUGCGGUGAAUCGCCACAAUCAUUGUACGAUUUUUCAACGUGGGAAGCUUGGAUGAACCAUCCGGUCAAACGGUUUAAGCCAGGCGAACGGUUCACAUCCCGAGCCAUUUUCAAGGAACUACAAGAAUUGUACUCGAAACAAAAUGUACGAUUGGCCGACUUUAAAAACAAUCCACCAAACAGUGUUGAAAGUAAAUCGGUUUCAGACGGUCUUCAUACAUCUGACGAAGAUGUCGAUCAAGAUUAUUACAAUGACAGUGGAUCGAAUUCGAAUUUAUCUGACUACGAUUUGAACAGUCCGGAUAUUUUGUGCAGUCCAACAAAUUUCUCCGAUAUUUAUUUUGGAGGUGCUCGAAAUCCGUCACUAUUAUCGGAUCUCGGUGGCGCUGUCGAUCCAGAGUGUUCGGACAAUUCAAAUGAAGGAUCGAUGCAGGAUUGGACAUACAAUUUGUCAUCGUCUGCCUCAUCAACGUCGCGACUAUUUAUUUCGUCCAAAUAUGCACCGCUAACGAAUAUAACACCAACUCAAGCUUAUUUACAACACAAUUUCAUCUAUCGGCCAUCGUGGGAGAAUUCAAACAAUUCCAAAUCGAUCAAUAAAAAGAGCAAAUGCGGUGGCAAUUCAAAUGGGAAGGGUGGCUUGAGUUUCAGUAAGAGCAAGAGCAAAAGUAAACAUCGGAAUGCGGCAUCGGGGCCAACGGCGAACAAAACCGAUGGCAAUAAAUUAAAGCGACCGAUAACUGGACCCGAUUAUGCGAUUAAAAGGGAGGGCGAUUCAAAGAGUGGUCCGGGUACGUUGGGCAAAUAUGAAAUUCGGAAUAUGCAUAUCAAAGAAGAGCCAAUCAGUGACACCGAAAUCCGGAAUGAAAGCGAAAGUGACACUGAUAGUGAUAGUGAUAAGAAGAAAUCGGGCAAAAAAGCACAUGACAAAUCGAAGAAAGGCGACAAAGGGCAAAAAUCACGAAAAUCCGACAAGAGCGGCCAGGGUGAGGAGUGUUCAUUGUAUGACAACAAUGGAAAUAGUGACGAUAACAGCAAUGAUUCCGGCCGAUUCAAUACGGUGAAAUCCGAAUCGUAUCAGAAGAAUAAUGUGAAGUCGGAAACGACCGGUGGCGUCGGUGGUGAUAAUGUGAUGCAGCGAGAAGAUGGUAAUGGUCAAACAGCGAAUAACACCAAUUUGGAUAAGAGUAGCAGUAGCGUAGAGGAAUUUGACAAUGAAAAACCAACGAAAGUUGUUAAGGUUAACAUCAAUUUGGACUACGAUAGCGAAGUGUACAUUGAAGAGGUGAAUAUUCGCAAAUUCCAUAAAUACCAGCGAAACAUUGAGAUGACAAAUAGCUUGCAAGUGGCUCCAUUCGAUUCAGCCACGGAGUCAUUUCCAUUUGAUAGCUGUGCAACGUCGAUGCUCGAAGGUGGACAACAAAUGGCAUACAGUUCAAGCGAUUCAGAUUCCGAUGACUCCGAUCUAGAAGAUUCAGAUAAUUCAUCGUGCGAUGAAUGUGCCAAUGGGCCAUGCAGUGCAUCAAUUUUACCACCCCUACAAAAUGGUUGCACUGCUUCCAGUCCAGCCAUGUCGAUGUCAUCUUAUUAUAAUAAAAAUGAGAGCUACCUUGAAAAUAUAGCACAGCCGGUGCAACGUUUGCCCGAGACGAAUGCAUUAGUUUUGAAUUUGUUGUUGUACGAUACAUCGUUGAACGUGUUCCGCGAUCACAAUUUCAAUAGUUGUUCGUUGUGCGUGUGUCACACGGCCGGUGAUGGAACGUUUGGUAAUAUCCGUGGUUUGGAUUCGGGACGUUAUUUGCCAUCGAAUGGUCAUAGUUAUUCCGAAUAUGUGCCAGAUAUGGCGCUAACUUUGAAUCCGAUUGGCCAGUUCGAGACGGAGAAUGAUCGUAAUAUGCGUGUUAAAAAUGCUCACCUGAUGGGCUACCUAGACACCGAUCCAAUUCAUUGUACAUGUGGCUACAGUGCAAUAGUAAAUCGUAGACUAUCGCAUAAGGCGGGUCUAUUUUUCGAUGAUGAAAACGAAAUAACUGGCAUUGCCGAAGAUCCGCAAGAGCAAAAGGCACGCGAAAAGCGAACGUUGCUAAUGAAAAGUGCGGCCAGUAGCGAUGAUUUUCUAUUUGGCAUGGAGAAAAUUUGCGGUUCAAUCUCACAGGUGAUUAUGGAUUACAUUCAGGAGCAAUGUACAUGCGUACAAAAUUCCACAAAUUCCGUGCAACGAUCGAUCCGUUUUGUGAACAAUGCGAGCUACUACAGUUUCGAAGAUGCAUUCAUAAAUGUGGUUGAAUACUGUGAUGCACAGGAUAUUAUCCGAUUGGCGUUGGACAACAGCAAACUGGAAAGUCAAGCGAAAUCACGUAAAAAUAAUGUCAUCAUGAAAUCGAAUGACUCCUAUACGAAUGUGCACAAGUGGCCGUACAUCAAAGCAAGUGCGCCGACAAAUAACAAAGAUGUGCUAAAAUUCAUGCAAAUGUUGAUGCCAGUGCUACAGGGUACGUUCAAUAAGAAAUAUCUGGGACGAAUGUGUGAAGCUCCGUAUGUUAUACAGGGCCCGUUGACAUGGCGUCAAUUCCAUCGUUUGGCAUCCACACAAUCCGGCCAAUGUGAACCACAACCAAUCCCAUCGAUUAUCGUUGGACACGAAAAAGAAUGGUUAUCCGUGUCACCGUUUGCCAUUCAAUAUUGGGAUCAAUUGAUGUUAGAACCGUACUCAUACACACGAGACAUUGCCUACAUUGUUGUCACACCGGACAAUGAUUACAUUGUCGAUGAGGCGAAGCAAUUUUUCAAAGAGUUAAGCACCAUGUAUGAAAUGUGUAAAUUGGGCAGACAUUGUCCAAUAAAAGGCUGUGAUGGCAUUCUGCGGUCAAGCAAAAGCCAAACCGAAAUCGUUAAUGACGAAUUCGAAGAUUUGUAUGCACUGUUCGAGGAUAAUAAAACGAUUGAAAUGAUCAAAUCGUAUGUACAAACGUGUCAACAGCAUCUGGUGCCGUAUCUCACGAACAUUUCAUCGGACAAGAGUAUUUUGGAUCCCGAACCCGAAGGUUUCAAUAUCAAAGACGUUUACAAAGAUAAAUCGAUGUCGAGCCCAAUGUUUCAGCCGGACACACCCGAAUUUUCGUACAGUGGCGGCGAGAAUAAAGAGCAAAAUUCAUCAUUUGAAAAUGAAUGUGAUUCAAAUGCAUCAUACAAUAAUGCACAAACGCCACAGCCCGCUGCCGCCACACCAAGCGAACCAAUCGUAUUGUCAAAUCAAAAUGAUGCCAGCGAUGAAAUUCCACCGUGCAUUAUAAUUUAUGUGCUGAAUCCACUGUCGUUUGGUCAUGAAUCCGAGGAUUUGCAACGCAUUUCGUGCAUUGCACUCCUGCGAAGCUAUUCGAAAAUUCUGAACGCCGUUCCCGAUUCCAUUCGUAACAACAUUAAACUGCAGAUUCUUUCGAUGGAAAGCAUCUUGGAAAUGGGCCAAAACUGUGAUUUACUACGAGCUGCCGAUCAAAUGCGUUGCUUGGCAAUGAGCAUUUUCUCGCAGUGUCGCCGUAAUUUAACGCAUGACGUAACUGCCAAAGUUCUUACCGGCUUUGGCACUGCAGCCAAUCUACAAAUGGUCAUCAAAAAUAAGGAUCAAAACAAUCGUACACCGUACAAAUUGUAUGCACCACCGUACAUUCUGUCGGGCCGUGAAGAAACCAUUGAAAGCAGCGAAGUGUUUGGUGCGAGCACCGUUGAUACACCAUCAUCGGUAUUGUACUGCAAUUACUGUCUGUCCGAGGAUCAGAAAUGGUUGUUGGCCGUUGCAACCGAUGAACGUGGUGAAUUGCUUGAGACAAUUACCAUCAACAUUGAAGUCGUGAAUUCCGAUCAAAAUCCAAACAAUCGAGCCGAUUCGAUUCGUCGUCAAAGUUUGCAAAAACUCAUGGAUUUCAUCAUUGGCAUUAUUUCGCAAACAUCACAGCAAUGGCGCAUUGUUAUCGGUCGCGUUGGACGAAUGGGCCAUGGCGAACUGAAAGCAUGGAGUUGGCUGCUGUGCAAAUCGAGCCUGGUGAAAAUUUCCAAACAACUGAAAGAUGUGUGCGAUCAAUGUUCGAUGAUGUAUUUGCACAGUUGCCCAAGCAUCGUGAGUGCAUGCUUGCUUACACUUGAACCAGACACCUGUUUCCGCAUUCUAUCCGAUCAGAUCACACCCGACGAACGCUUUAGCCAAAUUGCUAUGCAAUCCACACUUUCAACACCCAGCGAUCUAUCAUGCACGCACAUUCUGGUGCUGCCAAUCAACGCUGCCGCACAGGCGGUUCAAACCUAUCCAGAGCAUCACAUAACCGAUUUCAAUGAAGAAGAGCUAUUCGUUAGUUUCGGAAACAGUUCACAGGGCAUGGGUAGCAUAAAUGCAUUGGGUGGCAUAAAUAAUAUGACUUCGAUCAAUAAUAUGGGGUCAUUGAAUGGCAUGAAUUCCAUGAAUAACAUCAAUGGAAUCGGCGGAUUGAACAAUAUCAACGGCAUGAACAUGAACACCGCUAUGAAUAUGAAUAUGAACAAUGCCGGAAUGAAUGCUUUGAAUGUAUUGAACAAUAUGAAUAACAUGAACAAUUUGGCUGGUGUUAACAACAUCAACGGAUUGAGCGGCUUAAAUGGAAUCGACAGUAUGAACGGAAUCGAUAAUUUGAAUGGUAUCGAUAGCAUGGACGGAAUCGAAGGCAUCGACUUGAAUAUGGAUGGAAUGGAUGAUGUUAAUAUGAACAACAUCGAAGAUUUUCUGAGCAACGAUUGGGAAAACCAUUUCACCGAUGAGAUUCAACUGUCAACGGACAAUCCACAAGAUGAUCCAACACUUGAUGUAAAAUUGGAAAAUGUGAAUCCAAACGAUGAGCAUCAGCUGUUGCAUCAAAAAGUGGAAAUGGCCCAAGUAAAACAAGAUCAUGAUCAAAAGCCCAAUUCCAAUUUAAUGCUGUCGGUGAAUAUGGGCGGCCUCGGCCACCAAGUUAAACUCGAAUCAGACUGUGAUACUGGCAAUAUGCAAAUGCAAUUGCAUAAUACAUCCGAUGAAUUUGGCCAAAUGAUGCCACAACCGUUGGCAAUUGGAUUUAUGGUUUCAACGGCUCCAAUUAAUCGAAUGCCACCGUGGUUUUGGGUGAAUUGCCCGCAAUUGGAAAAUGUAAAUCCGGUAUUUUUGAAGAGUUCGCUGCACAUUCACAGCCCGUUGAUCCAUCAAAAUUCGAAUGAGUACAUCAAUCAACGAUUCUCACACGCGGGCAUUCAUCCGCUUGACUCACCUUAUACAGCCGACACAAUGCGAUACAUUCUGGAGAGCUACAAUUUCCUAUCAUGGCUCGCCAUCGAUCCCAAUACAAAUGAUCGAAUCUCAUGCUUACCAGCUCAUAUUCAAGUGCUCAUGCAACUCUAUAACAUGAUUGCAGCAUUCACCUAAAUCAAACUUACACACAAAAACACACAUUUGUGCAUACAAAAGAAUCAAACAAAAAAACAACCAACAAAAGAAGAACAACUUCAAUGCAUACAGCUUGAAGACAUGAACAAGAAGAAUGGGAAGAGAUUGAAGAAGAUGAAAAAGAUGAAGAAGAGAAAAAAAAAUUGCUACAAAACUUAAACCAAAA